AGAUUCACCCACUUGCUGAAAUCAAGACUCGCGCCCUUAGAUGAAGCAGCCUCUCCAGCAAUAACUGUGUUUGAUCAGAACGAUGGCUUUCAAAGGGUCACUAGCACCCCAGAGAACGCUUUUCACCCUUGUGGUCUUACUCGCCUGUUUGUCAUGUAAAGUGAUUUGUGAAACAGGAGACUGCAGACAACAAGAAUUCAAGGAUCGGUCUGGGAACUGUGUUCUCUGCAACCAGUGUGGGCCAGGCAUGGAGUUAUCUAAGGAGUGUGGCUUCGGCUACGGGGAGGACGCGCAGUGUGUGACGUGCCGGCCACACAGGUUCAAGGCGGACUGGGGCUCCCAGAAGUGCAAGCCGUGCCUGGACUGUGCGCUGGCCAACCGCUUCCAGAGGGCCAACUGCUCGGCCACUGGUGAUGCCGUCUGCGGGGACUGCCUGCCAGGGUUUUAUAGGAAGACGAAGCUCGUUGGCUUCCAGGACCUGGAGUGCGUGCCCUGUGGAGACCCGGCCCCGCCCUAUGAGCCACACUGCGCCAGCAAGGUCAACCUCGUGAAGAUCGCGUCCACGGCCUCCAGCCCGCGGGACACUGCCCUGGCCGCCGUCAUCUGCAGCGCCCUGGCCACCGUCCUGCUGGCACUGCUCACCCUGAGUGUCAUCUACUGCAAGAGGCAGUUCAUGGAGAAGAAACCCAGCUGGUCUCUGCGGUCCCAGGACAUUCAGUACAACGGCUCUGAGCUGUCCUGUUUUGACAGACCCCGUCUCCACGAGUAUGUGCCCAGAGCGUGCUGCCAGUGCCGCCGGGACUCAGCCCAGGCCUGCGGGCCGGUGCACUUGAUCCCGUCCCUGUGCUGUGAUGAGGCCUGCAGCCCCAACGGGGUGGCGCUCGGCUGCGGGGUGCAUUCUGUGGCCACACUUCAGGAGAGACACGCAGGCCCGGCGGGGGAGACGCCGCCCACCCUCUUCCGGCCCCUGUCGCGGUCCCUCUGCGGCGAGUUUUCCGACGCCUGGCCGCUCAUGCAGCAUCCCAUGGGCGGGGACAGCAUCUCUUCUUGUGACUCUUAUCCUGAACUCACCGGAGACGACAUUCACUCCCUCCGCCCAGAAAGUGGAGGCUCAGCAUCUCUGGAUUCAAAGAGCAGUCAGGAUUGGGCCGGCGGAGCCGUCCCCGCUGAGGCUCCUCCCGACAGCUUGACGGCAGCGACAGGUUCAUCCGGACGGAACCACAUGCUGGCAGAAGCAGCUCUAGCUCAAGAGGUGCCAGCCUCGAGGAGCCAGCUGGGCCUGGAGAGCGGAGACAUCGUGACCCUGGCCACACAGACGCCCCUGCAGGAAGCUUGAAGGACUUACUUCUCUCUGCAGUAGAAGUGUGUUUGGAAACCAAAGGCACCCUUCUGUCGGGCUCAUGGACUGAGCAGGGCCUGGACCUUGAGUGGCUUCUGGGGAGAGAAUAAAUCUGACCCAAAUGCGGGCAUGUGAAGCCUUUCAUCAGCAGCUCCUGCGCCAGACCGGCUGUCAGCUGAAACCCCCGUGAACAGCAAGGACAGACUCCACGCCAACUUUGAGGCUUUGCAACAAGCUUCUUUGCCACAAGAGUGACUUCAAAGACCCAAGGGUUGACUUUGCAGCCUACGAGACUGCGGACUUAUAACAUGAAACAGAAAUGCAGCCAUGCGUAUUUUUAUGGUGCGUGUGGUUGUACAGGGCUGAAGACCCAGAGUAGACAUUUUCAUUUCCUCGUUCUUUACCAGAAAUAAGUUCAUGUCACCUAUGAAAUGUCAGCCUAAUUACCUUCACCUUUAUGUGGAAUGGGUUCAAAAGUGAGUGUUUCUAUCGGAGAAGGUCGCCUUUCCAUCACCUAAACUGACUAGCUUAGAGGGUGGAAUUGACUUCAUUCUGACGGCCUCAGUCUGGGGUUGGUGAGAUGAAGUUGACCGGCCUGACCAGGGAUCAGAGAGCAGCUCUCACCCAGCGUCACUUCUGGGGUCACUUCUCACCUUCACCUGUCUCGUGACCACCUGUGGUGCCCAUCCCAGGGGGCCUGGGCUAGUGGAUGUCACCCACCCGGAGUUAAAAACCACUCAGUGCAUGUACCAUAGAGAUACGUGUGCAAAGGAUAGCAUGUUAAUGUGAAAACGAAUUGUCAUAGAAACAUCAGUGACAUCCGUCCCUGUGCCUGGGCUUAGAAGAUCCAGAAUUUCUUUUCUAGAAAAGUGGCAUGGAUAAACAUAGUGAUCUUUGGCUUGCAUUGUAUCUUAUACUGAAGACUUUAGAAAUGACAGCCUAUCAGGGCCCUACUACUGAAGAAGCUUGGACACACUUUGUGUUAGAACCAGAAGGAAACACACGAUCGGCAGGGCCGUCGAUGAGGUGAGCCAGCUGCGAUGCCCCGUAUCAUUUGGCCGGGCAGUGCUGUGCGGCCUCCAGUCUUGUGAGAUGAGUUAUCACAUCGUCCCUAUUUUGGCCAGAAGAGGUUGGGUUAAGAGAAUGGUGCUUCUCUCUGCUAAGGAGCUCUCUCCCUCCCACCUUGGUUCGUACGCACCAGACUUGUCUCUGGAGCCAAGAAAUUUACCCCGGUCCAGUCAUGAAACAGAGAAUGGCUCGUGGACUUGUGACCCUGUUGCUCUGCAGAGGAGUUCACGGAGCAGGGUUUUUUCCCCCUGCUUGGACCUACAUGGCCAGAUCUGUUCCUUGUCUUUGCACUGCUUACUCUAGCUCUGUCACAGUUACACUUAACAUCAGUUUGGGAGGGCAGUGGUCCCCAAGCUUUUUGGCAUCGGGGACCAGUUUCACGGAAGACAAUUUUUCCACAGACGGGAGGAGAGGGGGUCAUCAGGCAUUAGAGUCCUAUGAGAGGCCACAACCUAGAUCCCGUGCAUGCCCAGUUCACAACAGGGUUUGUGCUCCUAUGAGAACCUAAUGCUGUGGCUGAUCUGAUGGGAAGGGGAGCUCAGGGGGUUAUGCAGGCGAUGGGAGCCUGUAAAUACAGGUGAAGCUCCACCCACCUGCCGCUCACCUCCUGCAGUGCAGCCCGGUUCCUGACAGCCGGUUCCUGACAGGCCACAGUCCUUUACCAGUCUGUGUCCUGGGGGUUGGGGACCCCUGUGUAAGAUUUUGUUUUGGCCCUGCUUUCCCACCUCAGUGUCUUUUACCCACCAUUUAACCUGAAUAUUACAAUUAAGCUCUUUUCUAGGGUGUUUCCAUCUUCUCACUCCUAGCUUCAUCACCCCCCAACUUUCUCUCUUCAAGCUGUCCAAAAGGUUUAGUGAGCCUCUUCCCCAUGGCCUUUCUCUGCUCGUGGUUUCGGGUUCUGAUCUGUGUGUGUGGUUUGCCUGUGUCUGGUACCGCUCAUGGCCCCGAUUCCUUUCCCAGAAACAGGAAAGUCGUGUCUCUUGGUCACCCCCCGGCCCCAGUCUUUCAUGUCUAUCCAGUGUCCCGUCAUAACUGACUGACUUUCCCUCUUUUCCUUCUUUCGCAUAGACCAGUGGCUCUUAAGCUUUGGUAGUCAUCAGCUCUUGUGAGGAUUGCCCUUAGGACACUCUGUAAACUAUUUAGGAUUUGAGCCUAAGAGGGCCAUGAAAAUGCGAGUCAAGCGUCCUCAGGCAACUUCACUGGAACUCACAUGUGUGCGCCGUUGUUUGCAAUCUGAUCACUUCUGUUAUGACAGAAGGAUGAUCAAAGUGAGCCAGGGCUCUAAGCCUUUGUGUGACCUGACUGUAUCUUCCAUAUGUGGGGCCCUGAGUCACUUCAAAGACAAAUACUUGCUGGAGAAAGCCAGAUGGGUGGGAAUGAGACUUUGGCCAAAAAUCCUGAAACUUCACUUUUGAUCAGGAGAGAAAGGCUUAGGGCUGAAACUGAUUUCUCUUGAUACCACACCUGAAAACCCAGGGGUUACUUGUACCUAGAUGAAGACAUUUCACCCCCAUCUGUUCUAGAAACAUACAACGAUGUCAUAUCUUACACUCUUUGUCAACAUUUGAGAAAAAAUCCAACUUGCGUGUUCACGCUGCAGGACUAUCCGGUGGCAUGUUCCGGUGGCACGUGGUCAGCUCAGCUGCCCGAGGGCUGACACUCAAGGUCCGUGGUGGAGAGUCUGGGGGUACAGGGGUACACAGGCUGGGUGCGCAUCCUGGGGAGGGAACUUUCACACUGCCGACACGGAUGAGAUAAGGAUUUAAGGGCGGCCGAGUAAAGCCACGACUCUUCUAAUUCUGUGUAUAUGAAAUAUAUUUUUAAAAGACCGCGUUUUCUUUAAAGUGUUCGUACUGCUGUUACCUAGGUUAAGCAUGGUUGUCUGUGCUAGUAAGAAAAUUUAAAAAUUCAUUAUUGCUUUAAGAUAGCUUGAAUCAAUUUAGAGUUCAUCAUUACUAUUUUGCAUACUGGAAUUUAUACAUUUGUAAAUUAUCCUUUUCUUAUACAAAUAGUUUUGUAAAACCUUUUUUUAUUGGUGAAUAAACUUGUUGCCUGGUU